CUCUUUCCCUUCCCUUUCCGACCGAAUCUCCCUCGAGCCCAGCGGCGAUGUUCACUUCGAAGCUGCAUAACCUGUGCCAAAAGCUGCGGUGGCCGGCGCCGGCCAACGCCGACCGGCGCGAGGGCCCGGACCACGCGCCGACUUUCCAUGCCACCGUGGCCGUCGGCCCCGCCGUGUUUCGCUCGCCGGCGGCACCCAGGCCCCGCACGCGCAAGCAGGUGCGGGAUCUGGCCGCCAGGGCAGCCUUCGAGGACCUCGCCGGCUGGGAAGCCCCUCCGCAGCUACUGCCCGAAACACAAGUUCCUUACAAGUGUCAGUUGCAAGAUUAUGCUCAGAAGAGACAGAAAGAUUUACCGUUGUAUCACACCAUUCAGAGUGGUCCACUUCACCUGCCAAUGUUCAGGUCAACAGUCACCAUAGAUGGCCGCACUUUUGAAAGUCCGAAAGACUACAAUACAAAAAAGAAGGCAGAAUCGGCUGCUGCGGCAGCUGCCCUAAUGGCAUUAGCUGACCAAGCAAAACCACUGGAGAAAAUGCUACUGGUUGGUUUCACCUAUAUAUUUUUUGAUUCUUAUUAUGGGAUGGUCUAGACUUGCACGGCCUCACCUAUAUAUUAUAGUCCCUCCGUAAACUAAUAUAAGAGCGUUUAGAAUACUAAAUAAUGAUCUAAACACUCUUAUAUUAAUUUACGAGGGAUUAUAUAAUAAGCACUAACAUCCUUCACAACUUAUCUGUAUUAGUAGACGUGUUCAUCUCCCAUAUCGGAUUUCAAUAUUGAAGAAAAUAAAAACUGAAUU